AUGCCAUGUUCCAACGCCGACAGGAACCUUUGGCUGGCCUACGCAAAUGCCGUCAAAGAGGCUUCAGGUUUCGAGCCGGACCAUAAUGUCGCCAUGUAUCUCGCCAGAAAUGCUCGGAAAGGGCCUUUUAUAUCAUCCAAGAUUCCGACGGAAUACAUUAAUGCACGAAUUUAUGAGGCUUGCGAUAACAGGCUGUCGCCGGACAACCUUUUCUACGAUCCUACGUCUCGCGACUCAUACACAAGACAUUUAAUGACUUAUCUGGCAUCAGUGGAUGUUGGUGCGAGGGGUGAAGUAGCUCACGAAAUCAAGCAGCGCUUCCAAGAUUUCGAGGCGGCUCUGGGGGCCCUGGAUCGAUCAAGGGAAAAGGCCUUCAAAACGUUCAGGAAGCACUCAGAAACUCGCAUGACUGGCGACUUGACGUUCUCACAGUGGCAUCAAACCAACGCACCGGCCUUUUGCAACGCGAUUUCCAACGUAGAGGCUGCAUCAGCAGCCCUCUUGUCUGCCGGCAGUGUCUUGAUCGGACCUGCGGCUCAAAGGUGGAAUCAAGAUUUGAGAAAGAUCAUAGACGCUCUCACAUCCGAUCAGUCAGUGCCAGGGAUCUCCAUGAUGGCUGAACACCCCUCCGCAAGCAAAGACCAGGAAUUGUUGAAUGCAGUAUUAUCUCGCAAAAAGGCUCCUGCAGCCAAAAAUGCGCUCUCAGUCCCAGCCUAUUACUCUCCGGAAUACGAAGAUGUCGUGAAAGACUGGAUCAAAGCAGGGCCAAACGAAGAACUUUGCGACGAGUUCUACGUCCGUUAUGCUGAGGGAGAAAUAGCCGACGAAGGUGGUUUUGGGCAGGAGGCCAGGGAAGGAGAGUUGGACUAUGACUACCCCCCGUGGAUAUCUUUCCACAUGAAUGGAAGAGAUGAGGUCAUCAAAACAGAAGUACGAGACGGUGACAUCGAUAUCACACUGAGAUUCGAAAAGAUCAAGAUUCUCGCCGUAUCCUCAGGGGCAUGGUAA